GGAAAUCUGUUCACUUUACCGGCGAUCCAAUUGAAUUAAGCAUACCUUUUCUGUGAAUCGUCGACCCUGAUCGGGAGUCGUUUCGUACCGUAUCCAAAAAAGGCAAACGCUUCCGUAGGCGCCGACCUGUAGGAUAUCCCCGGCUUGCGAUUCAGGCUUUACACCUCCUCUCACCCGAUCACUUACACGACUUUCGGAGUAGACAAUGUGCGUCCAAAUUGAACAUUUAAAAACAGUGCAACUGAACAUUACGCGAGUAGCAUGGGUGCCAGUCAGUCUAGGCCAGAGGAAGAGGAUAAGGUUUUCUACUCCGACACUCCCAUCCAAUUCUCGGAGGACAUUAUCAACCAGCUAGCAGACCAAGUAGCCUCCCCUGAACCCAGUCCUGAACGUCAAUCUACUCUUGACUCCCAUGUCCGCGCUCGAAUCCAGAGUGAGCUCGAAAGACUGCGACAAGAGGAAGAGAUUGUCAAGUCGGAAAUUGAACGUGCGCUGGAAAAAGAAAACUUGGACAAGGAGAUAUCUCUCUCAGAGGAAUCUGAAGAUGGGUCUGCUGGCAGCGUGAAGAGCAGUGCGGCGCUUUUAGGUGAUUUGGAGGAGAUUCGACACAAGGUGGAGAAAUAUCAGAGGACUCAGGAGGAAGCUACGGAAUUCCAGACGAAGAGCCAGGCUGUAGCUUCGUGCUAUAGUGCAAACCCUACACGGACUCUGGAUUGCUGGAAGGAAGUUGCUGAGUUCAAAGACUCUGUAGCACAACUUGAGCAGCAUUACGUUCAUUCUCUACGAUAGAAGUAUAGAACAUACUAUCGUCUGCAUCAUGUCGGCUACAUCAAAAGUAUGCUACUC